AGACGGAAAAAAGGAUAAAGGUUAGUAUAUGGCGGAGGCUUCCCUAGGCGUAUUUUAUGCCACCUCUACAAUCUUGAAAUUUGAUAUUUAAGAUCAUAAAGAUUGCCCCUGUAAUCAUUCCGGUUUUGUAGUAAAUCUUAUUAAAAGUUAUGGUAUGCUUGGAAGAGAGUGAGAGAGUUAUGGGUACAAGUGCAUUAUCUGAAUAUAGGAGAUGAAGAGAAUGACGUGGAGGACUAUGUGUGGUGUUGAGAGAUGGAUGUGGGCGUUGCGGUACUGGAAUUCAGUGGAAUACGUUGGAAUAGGUUUUUUUCCCCCUCUUUUCGCAUUGUGUAUCUCGACAGGGGGUAGGAAACUUCUACAGCUUCAAGCUCGAGAAAGGAAGAUGGUGCGUGAAAGGCUCGCACAUGUACAGAGGGCCAAGUUCGGGAUGUGCAGAGAUCAGGGAGUGUGCAUGGGGGAGGGUAUAGGUCAGAUCACAAAACAGAAAAAGUGAUAUACGAGUCAUUCAGAACAAAAAGCAGGUGUCAUGUCCAAUUACUUCCAUUCAUUCAUCUGCAUUAAA